GCCGUGAAGGCGGUAUGAAAUCUACGAAAGGAGGAGCAGCGUUGUGAAGCUGUGAAGGCAGUGCUUCUUCCCUUGGAUUUGAACUUGAAGGACUGAUUCUGAGGUUAACUCUCUUUCAUUUCGUUCUCUUUUUCUUUGAAUUCCUAUUUCAAUUUCUCAGAAAUGGUUUUCAUAAAAACUCCCGAUAAUGGAACCCUAGCUCUAGACAUAAACCCCUCCACAACCACCCUUCAAUCACUCACCCUCAAAAUCCACGAAACUCACCACAUACCCCUCCCCACUCAACGCCUCUUCCUCGGCUGCCGCCGCCUCAUCGACGGCGCCGUCCCCAUCCCCAUCUCCCAUCUCGGCGUUUCCCCCAAUUCCACGCUAACCCUACAUAUCCCUCUGCUUGGCGGGAUGCAGGCACCUGUGCCGCCCAAGACCAGGCUCGAUUUUCUUAAUACCAAACCGCCUGCCAAUUAUGUUGCCGGGCUUGGCCGUGGUGCCACUGGUUUCACCACCAGGUCUGAUAUUGGGCCGGCUAGAGCUGCCCCAGAUCUUCCCGAUAGAUCGGCCAUUGGUGGUGCUGCAGCCACCGGGGUUGGUCGUGGCCGGGGGAAAGGAGGCGGUGAAGAAGAUGAAGAGGAUGAGAAUGAUGACAAGGGAUAUGAUGAGAAUCAGAAGUUUGAUGAGUUUGAAGGAAAUGAUGUUGGGUUGUUUGCAUCAGCAGAAUAUGAUGAGGAUGACAAGGAAGCCGAUGCGAUUUGGGAGGCUAUUGAUAAGAGAAUGGAUUCGAGGAGGAAAGAUAGGAGAGAAGCUAGGCUUAAGCAGGAAAUUGAAAAGUAUCGUGCUUCGAAUCCUAAGAUUACUGAACAGUUUGCAGAUUUAAAGAGAAAGCUGCACACAUUGUCGAAUCAGGAAUGGGAGAGUAUACCUGAAAUUGGAGAUUAUUCGUUGAGGAAUAAGAAGAAAAGAUUUGAGAGUUUUGUGCCGGUUCCUGAUACCCUUUUGGAGAAGGCAAAGCAAGAGAAAGAGCAUGUCUCGGCUUUGGAUCCAAAGAGUAGGGCAGUGGGUGGGACUGAAACGCCAUGGUCUCAAACCCCAGUUGCAGACUUGACUGCUAUGGGGGAAGGGAGGGGUACUGUGUUGUCGGUGAGGUUGGAUCGAAUUUUGGACUCAGUUACUGGGCAGACAGUGGUGGAUCCGAAGGGUUACUUGACUGACUUAAAGAGUAUGAAAAUCACUAGUGAUGCUGAGAUUUCAGAUAUAAAGAAGGCUCGAUUGUUGCUUAAAUCUGUUACUCAGACAAAUCCUAAGCACCCACCAGGUUGGAUUGCAGCUGCGAGAUUGGAGGAGGUUGCUGGUAAGCUGCAGGCUGCGAGGCAAUUAAUUAAAAAAGGAUGUGAAGAGUGCCCUAAGAGUGAGGACGUAUGGUUGGAAGCAUGCCGGCUGGCAAGUCCUAGUGAGGCAAAGGCAGUUAUUGCAAGUGGUGUCAAGGUGAAUCCAACCUCAGUGAAGUUGUGGCUGCAGGCUGCAAAGUUAGAGGAAGAUGACGUGAAUAAAAGUCGUGUUUUGAGGAAAGGGUUAGAGCAUAUCCCUGAUUCAGUGAGGCUUUGGAAAGCUGUUGUGGAGUUGGCCAACGAGGAGGAUGCUAGGCUUUUACUUCAGAGGGCCGUUGAAUGCUGUCCAUUGCAUGUGGAGUUAUGGCUUGCUCUUGCUAAGUUGGAGACUUAUGAAAAUGCUAAGAAGGUACUUAAUAAGGCAAGAGAGAAACUUUCUAAGGAACCUGCUAUUUGGAUCACUGCAGCAAGGUUGGAAGAAGCUAAUGGGAAUACCGCUACUGUUGCAAAAAUUAUAGAAAGAGGUAUUAGGGCCUUGCAGAGAGAAGGUUUGGAAAUUGAUCGUGAAGCUUGGAUGAAGGAAGCUGAGGCUUGUGAAAGAGCUGGUUCUGUUCUGACCUGCCAGGCUAUAAUUAGUAAUACUGUUGGCCUUGGAGUGGAAGAAGAAGAUAGGAAAAGGACCUGGGUUGCUGAUGCUGAAGAGUGCAAAAAGAGGGGUUCCAUUGAGACAGCAAGGCAAAUAUACUCUCAUGCCCUUACCGUUUUCAGAACAAAGAAGAGCAUCUGGCUUAAAGCAGCACAACUGGAGAAAAGCCAUGGCACCAGGGAAAGUCUCGACGCUCUGCUUCGUAAAGCAGUUACUUAUAUUCCAAAUGCUGAGGUUCUAUGGUUAAUGGGUGCCAAAGAGAAGUGGCUUGCUGGUGAUGUACCUGCAGCUAGGGCAAUUCUUGAGGAAGCAUUUGCUGCAAUACCUGAUUCUGAAGAGAUUUGGCUUGCUGCAUUUAAGCUUGAGUUUGAGAACAAGGAGACAGAGAGAGCUAGAAAACUGCUUGCUAAGGCUCGGGAUAGGAUACCUCAUGCCCAGCGUGUUUGGAUGAAAUCUGCCAUAGUUGAGAGAGAACUAGGAAAUGUUGAGGAAGAGAAAAUGCUGCUUGAUGAAGGGCUGAAAAGAUUCCCUGCUUUCUUCAAACUCUGGUUGAUGCUUGGCCAACUUGAAGAACGACUUGGCAAUUUGGAGCAGGCAAAGAGUACAUACGAGUCAGGUUUGAAGCACUGCCCUGACUGCAUUCCAUUGUGGCUAUCCCUUGCAAAAUUGGAGGAGAGGAUGAAUGGGCUGAGUAAAGCUCGAGCAGUUCUUACGAUGGCCAGGAAAAAGAACCCAAAGAAUCCUGAACUCUGGCUUGCUGCAGUGCGGGCUGAGGCUCGGCAUGGCUACAAGAAGGAAGCUGAUGUUUUGAUGGCAAAGGCAUUACAAGAGUGCCCAACCAGUGGUAUACUAUUGGCUGCUUCAAUUGAGAUGGCACCUCGUCCACAGCGAAGAUCCACAAGUGCAGAUGCUUAUAAAAAGUGCAACCAGGAUCCCUAUGUCCUUGCUGCCAUUGCAAAGUUAUUCUGGAAUGACAGGAAGGUUGACAAAGCUAGGAGUUGGUUCAACAGAGCUGUCACUCUUGCACCAGAUAUUGGUGAUUUCUGGGCUUUGUUUUACAGAUUCGAGGAGCAGUUUGGUUCCGAAGAUGAACGGAACGAUGUAUUAAGGAAAUGUGUUGCAGCGGAGCCAAAACAUGGUGAAAGAUGGCAAGCAAUAGCUAAGUCUGUGGAGAACUCUCACAAGCCAACAGAUGAAAUCCUGCGCCAAGUGGUAGCUGCUCUAAAGAAGGAAGAGAAUGCUGCUGAGAUGAAUGAACCAUAGUCUACUGUAACUUUGAUAGUUUUUCUGUGAUCUAUUAUCUAGUUGACAUUUAAAUAGCAAGGACAAGUGGUUUACGAGUUUUUCUUCAGGUAUUAAAUUUUGCUCAUCAAUCUAUAUCUUCAUGUGCGAAAGAUUGGACCUUUGCCUUUGCUUUAUAUUCUAUGAGCAGUGUGGCAGUGUGGAUGAAUUGCAUUGGACUACUUUCAA